GUAAAAAUCAAAAAAAAAAUCAAUCCAAUCUGGCCACUUGGCAUGCCUUUUCUGCCAUUCUGAUAUCACCUCACUCAUUAUGCUCACUAUAAUAGCCUGACAUUUUUUACAAAGGAAUCACCUCCAACCACUAGUCAUUUGCUACAGAUAUCAGCCGAGACUCUGUCCCUCAAGCCUUCCUUAUCAUUGUGCAAGAUGGCAAAGGCAAAGACCCCUCCACCGCCCUCUGCGCUCCAUUCAUAUGAGCCCCCAACGGAAGUAGCCUCGCAUCCUCCCUCGCAGCGUCAUCAUCACGACCACGAGCACCAUCACCAUCAUUCCCAUUACGUUCGCUCUGUCAGUCCUGGCGAGACUGUUAAAGGGACCAUUGAAGAGAAGCAGGUGGACGAGUUGAAAGAGGAAAAGAUUGUUGAAGCGCAAGUCAAAGUUGCUCCUGAACUCGUUGCACCGCCAGUCAUUGCAAGUGCAAAAGCAAGCACCAACGCAAAAAGUAGAGCUGCAAGUGUCGAGGCUCCUAGUGCAGCCGCAACUAUUUCACAUAUCACGAGGACAAAAAGUAUCCUCGCUACAACGUCCGCUCCUGCACAAGUAGUAGAAGUCGUACCCGCUGCUCCAAGUGCCUCUUCCAUUGCUGCGCCUCCCACUACGGUUGUACCAAGCGUCAAAGCCCGUCCUAGCAAGGCCCCUUCUGUAAAACCCGUAAACAGGCGACCAAGCGUAAAGGUCCCUUCUAUCAUACCUCCCUCCCUUACAUCUUCCCAUCGUUCGAGAUAUUCACACCAUCACCCCGAAGUGAUCGUCAACGUCACCAUUCCUCAGGCAGUCGCUGCGCCUGCGCCCCUUUCCCCACCAGUUAUCGCGGCUGUCCUACCCGCACCUACUGUCAUAGAAGGAACGGUAAAAGAGACUACUGCAGAAAAGUCUUCACCUCUCGUAGUACCAGCCACCGUCCCUCCCACCACGACGCAAGCGUCCACAAUCGUCACUAGCCCUGCCGCACCGCCGAGCCCGUCGCCAUCUACCAGAUCCCGGCUUUUCAGACUUCACAGUACCAAGCCUACCACCGCGCCUCUCCCUCCAGUGGCUCCGACAGCCGGAGAACAAGGUGUAGAAGGGGAACCGGAAGAGGAGAUAGUGGAAGAGACAAAGGUGGUUACGACUACCAGAACCUCCAAGCGUCGACCUGCUAGUCCACCAAAGGUUUCCGAGACCGGUAGUCGUUACGUCGAAAAUAUCCUGGAAGAAGAAGCUCCUGCACAUCCUCCGCCGCCGCCGCCGCCGCCUUCUACCAAGCCCAAGUCUGUCAAAUCAAGGCCAAAGUCUCUUGCGUCACUAUCUCCACUCCCUAGUGCACCGAACACGCCAGUCACUAUGAAGUGCCAUUUUUUCGGUAGUAAAUCAUCUCCUCCGCCGCCAAAGACGAGAACUGUAGAAACCACGACAGUGGAAACAGUUUCCUACCCCCUUCUACCUCAGAGCGUAGAGGAAGCCGAUGUCGACACCGCUGCAACUACUGCCGGUGGUCCCACGACCAAAGGAAUCAGGGGCGCAAGAUCAGUCGCGCUUACGGCUAGUAGCGGGAGAAUGUCCGGAACUAAAGCUGGGAUCCGUCCGAUUCCAAUGGUUGAUUACCAAGCUUUGAUGAAAAGAUCGCCGGCGCCUUCUCAGAAAAAGUCUUUGUCGCCUCCUACAGUUCCCGCCGCUCCAGCGCCUGUGCCUUCUACCACUGUGGAAGUGACUACGGCUCCUGCUCAAGCAGUGGCAGCAACUGAGCUACCUCCAGCUACUACCGUUGCCGUGACCGCGGCCGCUUCAAGUACUGGCCCACCUCCUAACGCUUUACCCCCGUCGACAGCGCCUCCUCCGUCCACUCUCGAGCGCACAACGGUUGCUAUGGAAGCCACAGCUCUUACGAGUCCCAAGACGAUCAUGACUUUAUCGGCUCAGCUUGACAAGGAUAGUCAUGGAAAUGAACAUCUGCACGCUCGCUGGCGUGAUCAUACCAAUGUCAACGAAGUAGAUUUGAAUACCGGGCAUGACGCUGGAGAGCAUGUGGAGACCACCGAAUCGCCAGGAGAGACAGACAAGGAGCGGACGCGGCGGGAGAAGAGGGAGAAGAAGGAGCGGGAAAAACGGGACAAGCUGGCAAACUCGGCGCCUUACCGGCCUGUCGGGGCACUGCCGCCACCGAAGAGCGAGAGGUAUGCAUAUCCGCCUGCUCCGACUGAGAUUGGGCGGCAGGCGAGGGAGCGGCUGAGUGAGAAGACGGGACGUGGGGGGUGAGUGGCUGUUUCUGGUUCCGGGGGGCUUUGGGCGGAAGGAACCCCCUUUUCCCCGAAGAGGUCC